AUUUGACUUACCUGUGAGGUGUGUAAAAGCUCGUCCCCUCGAAAAUCAAGACAUUAACAAGUUAUAGAUAACAUCACGAAGCAAUAGCAGAAAUCACCGAGUUCAAUGGAGUAACCCAGUGACAGAGGGAUUGUAGGAUCUCUGUUUUACCGUAAGAGAUCUUAGACGGCAUCUGGCAUGAUGGGAAACUCUGGGCUUGUGUUUAUUUUCACCUUGAUCAUAACUCUGAUGUCAAGGGCAGCAGGGAUCAGUCCUCCAGGCAGGCCCAGACUCACAAGCUGUCGCUCUCCAGAGAAGGAGACUUUUACCUGCUGGUGGGAACCGGGCGAUGAUGGGGGCUUGCCGACCACCUACGCCCUCUACUAUCGCCUUGAAAACUCAGAGACUGUGUACGAGUGUUCGGACUACAAAACCGCAGGCGAGAACUCGUGUUUCUUCAACAAAAAUGACACGUCACUGUGGGUCAACUACAACAUCACUGUGGUGGCAACCAACGCGCUGGGGAAGAACAUAUCAGAGCCCGGAGAGGUGGACGUGGCCUAUAUUGUUCAGCCCAACACUCCAGAGAACGUCUCGGCUGUAGUGGUUCAUGAAGACCAGAUUCCAUUUGUGAGGGUGUCCUGGGAAAAACCGAGAACAGCAGACACGCGUUCAGGGUGGAUCACGCUAGUUUACCAGUUACGAAUUAAAACAGAGAAAUAUGUGGAAUGGGAGGACUAUGACGCUGGCAUGCAGAAGUACUACAACAUAUUCAGUCUUCACCCCGGUAAGCAAUACAUGGUGCAGGUGCGAUGCAAACCUGAUCACGGGUUCUGGAGCGAAUGGACCCAAACGACCUUCGUCAAAAUACCCGGCUACCUUGUGAGAGAACGUUCGCUGUGGUUCAUGAUAACCAUUUUCUCUGUCUUUGGUGUCCUCAUCCUCACCUGGAUGUUAAGGGUCAAACGAAACAGUGUGAAGCUGUGUUUCCUGCCUCCUGUGCCUGGACCCAAAAUUAAAGGAUUCGACAAACAGCUGUUCAAAAAUGGCAAGUCAGAGGACAUUUUAAAUGCUCUUGUAAUACAGAGUUUUCCUCCAAACACCGAUUACAAUGACUUAUUGGUGGAAUAUCUUGAGGUGUAUGACAAUGAGGAGCAGGAAUUGGUGUUGGAUGGGAAAGAUUUGUCGGAGGACUGCCUGAAGUCCAAAAGCUCCAUGGACAGCGACUCCGGCCGGGGCAGUUGCGACAGUCGCACCCUGUUGUUGGAGAAAUGCACAGAGGGACGAGACUCAAGCAGCGAUUCGCAACACUACAGCCAGCACGGUGAAACAAGCUGGGCUUCUACUGAAAGUAGCGAGUGCCAGGUACCCGAACCGGGUUCGCCCGAGUCUGUCGAUGGUCAUGCCAAGACCUGGCCUGUCGUGUUCUCGUCUCCGCAACAUCACCCCUGUCCAGCCUCUAAACCGGUCUAUCACAGCGUCCCAGAGAUUCUCAACAUCUCUUCACCACGAAUGACGCCCAUCAGUUACCAUCAGCUUCAGCAUCAAGUUCUCCCAACGCAAGAGGCCGGCUUCAGCAAGCCCACCUUUCGACAUUCCCAAAGCUACCACCAGCUCAGCCGGCACAGUCCCGAGCACAAGGCAGAAAACAUCGUGUCUCCAUCGCGUUCCAUGGAAUAUGUCGAGGUCCAUAGGGUCAACCCCGAAAAUAUGCUGGUGCUCAGGCCUCUUUCAGACCCCGACGGCGGACCUGCCCAUUCCGAGCUCGCCGGAGAGGACUACACUAGAGUCAAAGAGGUGACAUCAAACAAUAUGCUCUUACUGCAAACAGAAACACAAUGCUCGGACAAUUAUAGCCGGGACUGGGACAGCCAGGCCGAUCGAUGCUUGACCCAACAGCAACCCUGUAAACCUUCAGUUCACCAAUUGUUCAUUCCAAUGCCACAGGAGGCCAUGAGGCUGAUGGGAAAUGGUUAUGUGGACUCGACCGUGUUGAUGCCAUCGAAUUAACAUGUGGCCUCCCAUUGUGUGAAAAACAAUCAGCCGUCCACAAAAUCAUAAACUCUUAAUGAGACUUAACUUUCUCCACUUCGACAAAGUCAAAUCGACAAUUUAUUAAGCCCUGUGAGAUGCGCUUACCUUACGUUUGGAUGAUUUUAUAUUUUUACGAAUUAUAUUUAUAGAUUACAUACUUGAGUGUAAACAAAGGUUUGUGGACCCAUUCUCAGGCAGGUCUGGACAUUUUUUGAUGUUUUAGUUGUUCCUUAAAAAUGUCGAAAGCUGACGUGUAAUGUCAAAAUGACAUAUGGCUUCUCACACUCAUAUAUGUCUUUGUCACAAUUAUUAUUAGAUUAAGCACUUAGCAUAUCUGCUCUCAGCCAGGCCCUAUGCAUUAUGUUGUUGUAAAUGAAUUCUGUACUGUGGCACAGUUACGAGUUUGAAGCCACUUUUUUAUUAUGUUCAUUUGAAAAAGGGGGUCUCCUCUUGCAAUAACGUAAAAUGACUUCAGUCAGAUGAGUUUAAAGGGAUACUUCACCCAAAAAUGAAAAAUUGGGUCAUCAUUUACUCACCUUCGAGUUAUUCCGAAUUUGUAUACAUUUCUGAUGAACACAGAGAAAGAUAUUUGGAGGAAUGCUUAUAACCAUACAGAUCUUUCCCCCCUGUCGACUAGUAGGAAAAUUUACUUGAUCAUCUUUUUGUUCUUUUGAACACAGUAGACGAUAUUUUGAAGAAUGUAGGACAGCAAACAGUUCUGGGGCACUUUUGACAACCAUUGUAUUUGGGUGAAGUAUCCCUUAAAGUAUUGCCAAAAUGUGCACGCUCCAUAGUGGCAAUGUAACACAUUCGAAGUGCGAUCACAAAAACUCACGUGCAUUUUAUCAAAACAAAUGAGUAUUCUUUAUGUCACAGCUGGUUUAAUCCUUCUGUAAUCCUGCUGUUGUUCAUUGAAAACGAAUUCCAGUUCAUUCAAGAAACAUUUUGUAAUCUAAAUUACUCAAGAUAUGUUUAAUGGUUCACUAAUGCAAAAGUAACUUUAGAAUUAGAUUUUGCCUUCAGUAUUAAAUCUCAGGUGGAGGUUAUCUCAAACUCUUGAAUGUAUGUUUUUCACUGACUUGCUUCUUAAACUAAGACUGCGUCAGUCUCACUGACUAGCAAGUAGUUAAAACUAAUCAGUUUUCCUUUUCAUAUUUCAAGUAGCCCGAUCUACCUUUUUAUGUAAAUGAUUUAAAGAAGUUAUAACCAGUCUUGAAUAUUUUUUUUUAGAAUAUGACUAGUCUAUCCGGUUAAUGCAACCGGCCCCUGAUGAAAUCAGCAUUAAUUUUAAACACAAAUCCAGUAUGAAAUUGAAACAGCCAGUGAAUUAUGAAUGCUGAUAUAUGUUCAAAUACGCAGUUCAGUUUUUCAGUGCUCUAAUCUAAAAGAGUAUGAAUUACGUUUGUGUGGUUGUCCAGUUGAUAGUGAUGGGAGAGAGAGAGAGAGAGAGAGAGAGAGAGAGACACAUAUGUAAACCCGUAAGAGAACCAAAUAACUCCAGUCUGUAUAUUAGACAGGCAUGUUGUAUAAGACAUUAAUGCAGCACUCCAAUUUUUAUGUUUUUAUAUAAAAUAUUACAUUCAGGACAUCCUGAUAGGCAAGGACGAAUUUUAGCCUGUGCCAGUGCAAAUCAACUUCUGACCCACAUGUUGCCUUUUUAUAGUUAUUUUAUGUUACAUUUAUAUUUAAUGUGAAUAUAAAGGAUAUUGUAACUUUUGUGAGCCAGACUGUAUAUUUUUUUGAUUUCUGUUUUGUUUAGCUGUUGUAAAUGCUUGGUUUAAUUCAUAAUCGAUGUACAUGGACAAAGCUUUAUAUUUCUUAUGCAUAUUUUAUCAGAUUUCUAACUCAACGCAAAUGGAAAAUCUGUGUGUUAACAAGGUGUAGCCUUAGGACAGUUAUGUUUUGACUCACCUGCCAUCAUGAAAUAUUUAACUGUGUCUGUGAUUUAGUGACAGCAUUUUCUUUUGAAAAAGCAUAAGAGAAAUUUAGCAUUUAUCUAUAUAAAUUCUGAGAUUGAACUUUAUCAAUAAAAUCAUGCUUUGCUUUCAAUCUAACAAAUUUACAAUAACUGUAAUCUAAUCAACACUAGAUAAGCAAACCAUAAAGUUAGUUGGCUAAAAAACAUCUUGUGUGAUAAUUGUUCUGUUUUUCCAUAAGAAAUGGUUUGAAUUGAGCAAACACAUCUCUAUAACCAUUAAACACUGUCAGAUUGUUGUAA